UCAACAUAUAAAAAACGGAAACGGAAGUAACGGAACGACCGAACGACCGAACGAACGAACAUAAGAAAAUACGAAAAGCAACCAGUUAAAACACUUGUUGGUCUGGUGCCCAAUAAAAAUAGGCUAAUAGCAUUAACACUAAUUAAAGAAAGUGCUAAUUUCAUUGUGUUGUGCGUGCAACAGGCAGCAAGCAAGCAAAAACAAAAUGUCAACAAACAAGAACAACUAUAAAAAUAAACAUAUAAUUGCCUGUCCUGGUUUUGUUUUAAUAUGAAAUCGUAAAAAUUGCCAUACUAUUCGUACAUAUCCAAAGCCCGAGGAAGGCUAAAAUACAAAGUAAUAAAAGUCCAGCCAUAGUAAUUCAAAGUGGUUUUAAUUGCUCAAUUAUCUGAACAUACAUCCCUCCUCUAAUCAUAACUUUGGUCAAUUAGCUUACUUAAUUAAAAACGAAACAUUCGCUAAGAAGAAGACCAAAUGUUGCAAAAUUUAUGUGGUCACAAAAGCCUUUGGGCUAUACAAAAUGUUGUACUACUAGUCCAGGCUCUGCUCUUGCUGCUGGCACCCUGUGUUGUGGUACAGGCAACAGAUAUGAAUUUUCAUCAAGCCAACAAUGGCAGCAAAUAUGAUUCUAGAUAUAGGAAGGAAGCACAAACAAUGGUCACCACAACCAUUCCGCUGGGCAACACCGAUCGAGGAGGUGUCCAGGUGAAAUGUGGUAGUACCCAAAAAAUGGUCGAUAAUUGCUUUAGAGAUUUGCCACCACAUCUAAUGGAGUUCUUGCAGACAUCCAAAAUUGCAAUAAACGAACAGGAAAUAACAUCUAAAUGCAACGUUUUUCGACGUGGCAUGAAAUGUUUCGAUGACUACACCGAGCGUUGUAUACCCCAGCAUAAUAUUAACAUUUUGAACAACAAUGUGGAGGGAGCGAGACGAUUUUUCACCAAAUUCUGUGAGGAUACAACAUUUCAAAAUCAUUAUCUGACACACAAGGAAUGCUUCACCUACAUACAGGACGACUGGUUCCAUUGCAAUAAACAGUUUCAGAAUAUCCUGUCGGAAGGCAUACAUUCGGGCACAAAUGUUACGCAUAAAUUCAUGGAAUUUUGCUGCGCCCGUUAUGCCUAUGAGACCUGCAUCUUUAACAGUGCCCGCUACAAAUGCUAUACAAAUUCAGCCUCAUUUGCUCGUGAGACAGCUAAAAUGUUGUCGGAUGAAAAACAUUUCAGCAAAUGUCGCCAAUAUGAAGAGUCCAUGUGCAAUCGCUCGACACAUGGCACAGCGCUAUGCCCGUGGUCCUUUAGGUUGGUCAUGCUUUUGUGGCUGUGGAUGUCCAAGGCGACCAUGUUACCAUGUCAAUGGAAAUGGAAAUGGCAGGCAGCGAAGAUCACGACGACAUUAAAAAUAGCCAGUGAUUGAAUUUGUGAGCGAAAGAUUGAUAUGGGCCACAGGACGAAAGGAGGCAUUGGAAGCAAAAGACAACAACAACAACAACACCAGCAGCAACAUCAAGGAGUAACAAUAAUUAAAUUAGUGUCAGCUACUUUCCUCUCAACAUGAUACUAUGAUGAUAUGAUGAUGAUGAUGCUGUUUAUGAUGACGUUGACGUUAAUGUUUGUGGUGAUUGGCAUUGUGGCAAUCGUUGGACUCUAAUGACAAGAAUUUCUGGACAUGCUUAAAGCCUAAGGAGAUAUGACACUGUCCUAUUUUUUACUUCAUGACAUAACAUCAUUUGCUCUGAUCAAAUGAUUUAAAUUGUAUUUUAAAUGCACUUUAUUGUUGGGAAUAUUUGAAAAAAAAAAAAAAAACAAAAUACUCACAAGAGUACCUUUUCUGAUUUAGACUA